UUUGAAAAUACUACCAUAUUAAUGGUAACAAGUAAUUUAAUAUAGGUCUAUUACUAUUUUCAAUCUCUUUCUUGAUCAAUAGAUACCCAGACAGCACUGGAGGGCUUGCGGCGUAAACAUAACCACUAAGGAACUUUACGCAACUGAAAAUGACUGAAGAAGAGAAAGAAGAAUUCGAGUUGAGUGAUAAACUGGAGGCGCACACAGUCUACGAAUGGGUGAAGGACUUUCACACGGCCAACCCUCCCCCUCCGCCACAGCAGGGGGACGUGCAGCAUGCCAAGCUGAAGCCCACGUUGCGCUCCUACCAGGAGAGAGCUGUCAGAUGGAUGUUGUCUGUAGAGCAGGCCCAGCAUCGCACUGUCUCUGUAGUCAACGAUCAAAAUAGACUUGUUCGGCUAGAGAAAGGAGGAAUAUUAGCGGAUGAAAUGGGGCUGGGAAAAACAGUUGAAGUACUUGCUUGUCUACUCGCAAAUCCCAAUACGGAAUACGAACAACAACUGCAAGAAUACAUUGAUAAAAUGAAGGAAGAUUUGGAAAAAUACAAAGCAGAUGCCAUCAAGAAGAGAGAUGAAAAUAGUGAAUUGAAUGCGGAAACAGAAGAGGAAAUAUGUCGACCGAAUAGGAGAAAGCGAAAAGGGAAUGAUAAUGUUGUAGCACAAAAUAUAACACUAGAUAGUCACUCCAAAACAAAGCCAAAACGGUUUAAAAGUGUGUAUAGUGAAGUCCUAGACGAUACAUUGUUCGUGAAAGAUAGUGAAAGUGUGUGUGAAGGAGAAAACAUUUCCUUAGAAGCAGAUGAAAUGAGAGAGAAACGAGGAGAAGGAGAUGAUAAUAGCGUGCCAGUGUCGGGAGAAGACGGAGAAGAAUUGGCUAAAGGUGUAGGAAAGCUGGGUGAAAAAAGAAUGGAAGAGGAUGGAGCAAAUGAAGUAUUAGUGGAUAGAAAUAGCAGAAGCAAUAGUAGAGACUUAUGUGAUAAACGAGCUGGUGAAGAGGGGAGAAUUGGGGAAAAGAGUUGUGGUAAAGAAGGAGAUAAAGAGAGAAGUACAGUUGGAGAUGAACAAGGGGAUGAAGAGGAAAAUUAUUAUAAACGAGGAGAUGAAGGAAAAACUGUUGGAGAAAAGUGUGAUGAACAAGAAGGUGAAGAGGGAAGCAGUGAGAAAGAAAUGAGUGAUAAACGGGCAGAUGAAGAAGGAAAAACAUGCGGUAGGAGGCGACCUAGGAAAAUAGCAAAACCGAAAAGAAUGACAAAACAACAGCAAAAGAAAAUAUCAGAUUCUGAAGUUGAAGAAGGGAAAGAAGAUGCAGAUUCUGCUAGAAGCUCGAAGCCUCCAGGGAGAUCUACAGCCAGGAGGAAGACUUGUGCAAGAAAAAAUCAAAGUAUUGAUGAUUCCGAUGACGAUGCCGAUUUUGUAUGUAAAACUAGAGGCAAAAGAAAGGCUUCUACCAAACGAAAUAAUCAAAGUACCAACGAUUCUGGUGAUUCGGAUUUUGUGUGUAAGACACGAGGUAAUGAUCUAACCUCUUCAUCACGGAGGUCAACCCGUCAGAAACGAAGCACUGUCUUGGACGAAUCGUGCUUCGACGAAGACGAGGAUGAUCCGUCGAUCAAUGUGUCCUCCGAACCGAGACGAGCGCGGCCGAAAGCUGACGAUCCGGACUUCAUGCCGGCGCCGAAAAAACGCGCAAAGUCAGCGAAAACAUCAUUGCUGCGAGAACAACUGCAGAAAAUGUAUGAAACAAUGCUGAGUGAGACCAGUCCGGCUAUGAAGAGAGCAAAAAUCCAGGCACUCAAAGCUGAAUCCGACUACAGGUGUUGCUGCCUGGACCCCUCUACGAUGGCCGACGCGUGCACAGUUCAGUGUGAGGCAUGCGGCAAGCUGCAGCACCAGUGCUGUGUGUCAUAUGAGCCAUCACUGCCCUAUGUCUGCUUCCGCUGUUGGCCACAAAGGGCGCCUGUCCCGUCCAAUGCCACCUUGAUCAUAUCACCCAGCUCCAUCUCCGAACAGUGGAGCGACGAAAUCAAGAAGCAUGUGGCGGAGGGACAUGUGAGUGUGAUGGUAUACAACGGAGUGAGGGGGAGCGAGGGGUACACACAGCCGCUCAGGUUGGCCCAGUAUGACAUCGUCAUCACUUCCUAUCAGGUUUUGAUGAAAGAAAUUGAUUUUGCCAAUAUCAAUGAAGAUCGACCCCGAACCAUGAGGUACGCGCGCAAGUUCUUCCCGCCCAGCUCGCCGCUGACGUGCGUUGGCUGGUGGCGCAUAUGCCUCGACGAGGCACAGAUGGUGGAGUGUGUGUCGUCCAAGCCAUACUCGAUGGUCAGCAGCCUGCACACUGUGCACAGGUGGGCGGUGUGUGGCACCCCUAUACAGCGACACGUAUCCGAUCUCUACGGACUCUUCUCCUUCCUGCAGGUGGAGCCGUAUGGCAGCAGCCGCAAAUGUUGGCAGCAGUUGGAGAACAAUUGGCCAGCUCUGGCCGAGGUCCUGCCACACGUGAUGUGGCGCACGGGCAAGUGCCACGUGUUGCACGAGUUGAACGUGCCUCCCCAACGCACACGCACGCACUGGCUGACUUUCACGCCCACCGAGUUCUUCUUCUAUCGCAAGCAGCAUGAUCUCUGCUCGGCGCAGUUCCGACACAAGGCAGACCAAGUGCUGGGCGAUCAGCCGCGCUCCACUCGCCUGUGUCAGGUGACAGGCAAACAGCUGACGGCGCUGAUGACACCUUUGCUGCGACUGCGCCAGGCAUGCGUGCAUCCACAACUUGUUCGAGGCCAGUUCGUGGCCGUGCGCCACACGCUCACCAUGCCUCAGCUGCUCGAACAAAUGGUCGCCUCUGCCACCACUGACGCCGAGGAAACCCUCAGACAGGUGGUAUGCAGUCUGAACGGAGUGGCAGGAGCCAGCGUUCUUGUGGACCGGCCAGCAGAAGCAGUUGACCUCUAUCGGCGAGUUCUGCAUCUGGCACAGGACUACGAGGGCCGUCUCAAAAUGGACACCCUACAGAAAGUGCACACGAUGUACAACCUGGCCAAAGUGCUGCCGGCCCUGCAUGGCUCAGGUGUGGCGCCCACGCUUCGCGACGGAACUCUGCCGGAAGACAUUGCCAAACUGGAACGGAACUACCUCAACAACCGGCUGGGCGACGUCGCCGGCAACCGGCGCAAACUCGCUGAGCUCGCCGACAAGUUGUCUGAUCAGAUGCAGCAGGCGACAAGAGGCAGAAACAUGUUGCGCGACUGCGAUUGGUGGAGCGACAUGUUGCAAAGCGUCGACACCGAACAGUUGCUGCACAAGAUACAGAUUGAGUUCGAGCAUGCCAAGGGUCCCUUGAAGACUAUGCUCAAAAAGAUGAGCGCCAUGCUCGCGCUGACGGAAGAGUUGUAUCAGUGGCAGCGAAAAAUCGACGAGGCGCGACAAAGUGUCAUCGAAGAAAUCAAGCAAUUGGAAGAGACACCGACUACAGUGAUGGCCGGCCAUGCGCUCUACUGUCAUCUCAGGAAUAAGAAACCACCACGUGUUGAACAGAGAUGCCUGAUUUGUCGUAUUGAAGAACAAUUGAAGCAGUACGAAUCGCUGCUAUUCUGGAUCAUGAACAAGAACGAUUCCAAUUCGAAGAACGAGUCGCCGAAAGCGAGGGGGAAAAGGGACAUAGUGGAGGCUGACACGACACAGAGUGGAGCUGUCGCAAAUCUCGAGAAUAACACAAUAUUCCAAGUGUACAAUACUGGCACGUGGAAGCCCUCUCAACACGAGCAGAUCAUCAAACUGAUUUACAACAGCUGCAGUAAGCGGCUGAUGAAGGCAGAGUGGGCGAACGAGUCUCAGGCGCAGUUUGCGGCUCUCGUCAUUCUGCGCAAGGAGUUCAGGCGCCUCCGGCUGCUCUGGAGUCAACUUGCCGAUCAGGUAGCAGCCAGCGACGAGCUAAGUAUGGCCAAGUGCAGUUUGCGGUUGGCGAAUGCAGCUGAUGAAGUGGAUGAUGCAGUAGCUAAUAGGAGAAGGAGACGCCGACCCGCGCCCAAGACUGACUCAGACUGGCAGAAUGCCAACGUCCUGCAUCCAGACGAGGUGGAUUGGGUGAUAUCAGAGUGGAAGACCGACCUGGCGGUGAACGAGAGUGCGCUCAGAAAGGCGGCUGGCACGUUGCAGUAUUUGCUCAACUUGCAGGAGAACGGCGACAAGCAGACUGAGCCCUGCCCGGUCUGCAAGGGCCAGCUCACUCAUUCUUGGUCGGUGCUGAAAUGCGGCCACUGCUACUGCUACGACUGCAUCCACAUGCUGACCCGAAACGGCGGCGGCGGCCAGCAGUUGGAGGCCUUGGCGUGUCCGGUGUGUCGUGAGGUCACCUUCACUGCCGACGUGUCACACAUCGAGGCUCGCCCUGAGGUCACCGACCACCCCACUGCCGAAGUCAAGGGAUCCUACACCACCAAGAUAGCGGCCAUGGUGUCUGAGCUGAUUGUGUUGCGGUCCAAGGAGCCGCAAGUGAAGGUGCUCAUCUUCUCCAAAUGGGACGGCGUGCUCGAUGUAUUGGCUGAAGCAUUGACACAAAAUGAGAUAAGCCACAGCCGAUUGCCGUCUGCAGUGAGCAGCAAGCAGCGGCUGCAAGUGUUGGCUGAAUUCAAGCAGGCUGAUGGUGGCGUGUGCGCCCUGCUUCUGCCUCUGCGUGCGGGCGCCAAGGGGCUCAACCUGGUCGAGGCUACACACGUUUUCCUCGCCGAACCCAUUCUCAAUCCGGCCGACCAGUUGCAGGCCAUUGGCCGGGUGCACCGUAUCGGUCAAACUAGGGAAACCUUUGUGCACAAGUUCGCGAUCAAGGGAACAAUUGAGGAGCGAAUGACAACUGCUAUGGAAGGCAGUGACACCAACUGGUCUUCGCAAAAAGUCACCGUUCAACAACUCAUCGACUUGUUCAAUCCGGUUGAACCCAAACACGAUUGAAGUUAAACUCACAAGGCUUCUACCAAAUAAAAUUUAUUUUUUCAUGUGCUGUAGUACAAAUUCGUAUGUGUGGAAAAUGUCUAGGUUUUUCUACUUUUCUAAAUUUUAUUUUAGAAGGAUAUUCGAAUUCUUUAACGCAACAACAUUAAUUUAUUUUGUUUUUUAUACAUAAAAUCACACAUUUUGUAUUUCAAUCAACUUUACUUGUCAUUAUUAUAGAGAGAUAUACUUCAUUCUGUCAGCACUGCUCAUAAAAACUACAAUGCUUUCCAUUUUAACAAUGCUGCAAGUUUCAAGUGAAUCCCAUUAUAUUGUUGAAACUAAACUGAGAAGUCAUACAAAACAAUAAAACAAAACAACAUACAUAUAUUUGGAUUUACUACACUACUCUAUUAAAUUAAGACUACACAAGUUGUGCAAUAUUAUAAAAUUUCUUUUGUGUAUACAAUAUAUUGUUUUUGUUUGUAGUUUUUCAAAUUUGGUAAUAUACCAUUCAAAUUCUUCAUGUGCACCAGAACAAAUCUUUUGUAAGCAUACAAAAUAUUGCCUUUGCUUACUAUUCUGAAGUUCAUGAAAUGAAUUUCAAUCAAAUGACAUAAAAUGUAUUAUGUCAUAUAAAUUCAAUGUUUUAUUCUAUUUUCAGCCAAAUUUGUUUUAAUUCUAUGUUUUAACAGACCAAUAGUCUGUUGGGAAUUUGUUUUUGCCUAGUUAAGAGUUCUGCCUAGUCUGUACCUUCAAUGUUGUGGUUUUCUUCAAUUCAAAAUUUAUUUUGCAAAUAUGAUUUUUGGAAAUAAAUGUUUCAACUGACAAACUAUCUCCUCAUUCAAUGUGUUUAUUUAGUAAUAUUUCAGUAUUUAAUGGAUAUUUUUAACUAGUUUUCAGUUUCCAUAGUACUACUUAGUUUCUACAUUGGAUAAUGGUAGAAAAAUUGUGAAUAAUGAAUUGUUCAAAAAUGUGUUAUUUCAGAAAUAAUGUGUUUGAAUCAACA